AUGAGAAAUAUAAUUGUAUUCUUUAUGUUUAUUAUUAUUAUUACUCAAUCAAUAUCACAAGAUACACGCACAUUAUUACUAACUAAAUUCAAUAAUGUCCAAUAUCAAUGUACUGAUCCUGGUUGUUCAUCUUCUACCACCAUGUUAGUAUCGAAUUUGAGAGCCUGCGAAAUUGCAUGUUUACUUAAUACCGACUGUCGUACACUCACUUUUGAUCAAUCUAAUAAUCAAUGUGAACUCUUUACUGAUAUUCCAAGUCAAUAUGGUAGUCUAAUAUCACAAGCAGAUUUUAUAACUUUGACUGCUAUCGAUAAUAAAAACUUAUUAGCUUGUAAGUAUCAUCAACACUACUCUUUUCCAUUUUCUCUUGUUUUAGCGGUGACAACUGCUAUAAAUGGUACAACAGCAUCCAUGACAACAACAUUGUCAUUAUUGACAAAAACUUCAUCAACAACAUCAUCAUCAUCAUCAACAACUUCAUCGACAACAACAGCAGUAGCAAUACGAGUAUGGUCUGCCACAGGUAGUAUGAGCAAUAAGAGAAACUAUCACACCGCAUCUGUAUUAACAAAUGGAAAAGUACUAGUUACUGGUGGAUUCAAUACUGCUGUUCUAAAUAGUGCUGAAUUGUAUGAUCCAUCAACAGCUAUCUGGACAAAUACAACUGCGAUGAGCACAUUACGAAAAUUUCACAUAGCAACCAUAUUAACAAAUGGAAAUGUAUUAAUUAGUGGUGGGAAUGAUGGUACUAACUUUUUAGCUAGUGCUGAAUUAUACAACUCAUCAACAGGUACUUGGACAACUACAGGAAAUAUGGAGAUUGUACGAGGUGCUCAUAUAGCAGUCCUGUUAACAAAUGGAAAAGUAUUGGUUAGUGGUGGUGAUAGUGGUAGUGGGUAUUUAAACAAUGCUGCAUUAUAUGAUCCAUCAACAAGCACUUGGACCGCUGUUAGUUCGAUGAAUGGUAAACGUGUGUCUCAUGUCGCAUGUAUAUUAGUAAAUGGUAACGUGUUAGUUGCUGGCGGAUACAAUGGUAUUUAUUUAGCUACUGCUGAAAUAUACAACUUCUCAACAAAUACUUGGACAAAUACAACUAGCAUGAAUUAUGCUCGACAAAUGUCUACAAUAUCUGUAUUAUCAAAUGGAAAAAUAUUAGUUGCUGGUGGAGAUCAUGGUGUAUCGUUAAAUGUUGCUGAGUUAUAUGAUCCAUCGUCUAGCACUUGGACAGUUACAGGUAGUAUGAAUUAUGCCCGAACUGGCCACGCAGCAAUUAUCUUAGCCAAUGGAAAGGUAUUAGUUACAGGUGGAUACAAUGGUAACAGUGCUGCUGAAUUAUAUGAUCCAUUAACAGGAAAUUGGACAAUGAUAGGAAAUAUGACUGCAUCACGUAGUUAUCAUACAAUAUCCAAAUUAACUAAUGGAACAAUAUUAGUUGCUGGCGGUGUUCGUAACAGUACUAUGUAUUUAAAGAGUGCAGAAUUAUAUUAA